GAAAUAGUAUUUAAUGUUAAAAUAACAACGUUAAAAGAUACUUUACUGAAUAUACCAAACUUUAUAAAGAUAACAAUUCAUAAAGUUCGUUGCAGAUCGUUGAGAACGAAAGCGAAUUUUAACAUCUGCACUUAGUAUAGAACUCAUCAGUAGACCAGGUGCGAUGAGGUGCCGACCAAUGAUUACUUUGCUUUCCGUCCACGUGACCCAAACGGUCAUCCAUUUUGUACUUCCAGCCAGUGGGCAUCGAAUAGUUCACAUUCUUCGGUGCAUUGCCACAGAUGGGAGGCUUUUAAACUCUUAUCCUAUUUCGACUGUGUAAGGGUAACCGUUGAAAAAUUCCAAAAAAAAAUCGGCCUAUAUUAGCUCGUACUGACAAAUCCCGUAAAUUAAAAAAAAAAAAAAAAAAGGCGGAAUGCAGGCUUUGUCCCGUCGGAUCGUAAUGGAAAAACAUUUUUAAAAGUUCGACCUCCACUUUUUACCGUAUUCAGGAUGCCUUAUUUAUUACAUAAGGAAUACACUUAAUGUCGCCAGUAAUAUCUAACAAAAUGCAUCAACACAGAAGACGAAAGAAGCGUCCGAGUUACGGAGUGAGGACGGUGGAGAUCGUGCGGGGAAAGAACGGAUUCGGAUUCACCAUUUCCGGACAGGCCCCCUGCAUACUGAGUUGUAUAGUUAGCAACAGUCCGGCCGAGAAAGCCGGACUCAGACCCGGAGAUUUUCUGAUAGCCGUGAACGGACAGAAUGUUUCCAAAGUUCCUCACGACGAUGUGGUGAGACUGAUUGGAAGUUCAACCGGAUUGCUUAAGCUGCAGAUUGCGGAAAAUUACUAUUCGGAUUCUUCCGAGGAGGAAUUUGUCACCGUUGCCAGAAGCCGUCCGAAAUAUCCCCACAGAAUGAGAAACAGACAGCAGUUGAAUGUUUGUCGUGCUGAGAAGGUCGUUCACGAUCUUCAGACUGGUGCCUUGUUUGUGGAUCAUAUUCAGGGAAGUAAAGUUGAAGCCGAAAUACAUAAACGGUCUCGGGACCAGAAGUGUCCAUCCGCGGAAACGUUACUGCCAUUAACCGGCCGAUCGAAUAAGGCUCUGUUAGAUUUAAUUUUACAACAAAGAUUACAAGAAACGAACAAUAGAGUUACUUCUGCUAAGCCGUCCAAUAGAGAGAAUGCUCAUAUUUUAAAACAGAAACAACAAGUAAACAUUGUGAAAAAAAAGGAACAAAAACAACAUAAAAAUCGAAAUCAUAGUGUUCAUAUAAAUUCUCCUUGUUCUACUAACGAAGUAUUUAAUUCAAUUUUUACCGAGCAGGAUUUAAAUGACAUUCUCUAUCCGUCAAAUUUCUUCCGUCAAGUACAAAAUGAAGAAAAUGAAGAACCAAAUGAUUCGGUGAUCUUAAAAGCAGUUGUCGGUUACUUGGGAACAAUUGAAAUGCCCAAAGAGCCACAACUUCCGAGUUCACGUUUGCAAACAAUAAGAAGUUGUAUUAGAAGACUUCGUAUUGAAAAGAAAGUUCACACUUUAGUGUUACUUUGUGUUUAUCCCGAAAGUGUUGUGCUUACUAAUCCACAUGGAUUGACCUUAGCAGAGUUUCCGGCAGAAAAAAUAACAUUUAGUGGUGUUUAUGCCGACGAUAAGAAAUUUUUUGGAUUAGUGACCAGUCAUGGAACAAGUAGUGAUGAAAUGAGUGAAGGAAGUCACGAAGGACCAGUAUCUGUUAGCAGUUCAUGUCAUGUUUUUAUGGUUGACACUAAAUUAUUGCUUCAUCAUCAACAUAUUAAGCGUGCCAAAGCAUUUCGGAUAAGUUGCACACCAGAUCCUGUAACUAAUAAAUGCAGAGAAUUUCCAGAAUCUGCAGAUUCGAUUCUUCAAGCUAUAGUAAGUUUAUAUAGAAAUAGAUUGGCAAUCAGUGUUGAUGCUGCAUCGGGAAUGGUUGAUUUUCAUCUUCACAUGUCACCUCAACCUAGUAAUACCAGCAGCAAUAGUAGCAAUAGCGACAGUGGUAUUGGAUUCCGAGAUGAAGGUAAUCAUAGCGAUAGAGUGUUUGUAGUGGAUAUGGAUCAUUCGCAUCCAUACAGCAUGAACAGCUUAGACAGACAAGUAUUAUCACUACCAAAUUACGAUUGCUCUCUUCGGAUGUUCGCACUGUCGCACGACACCAACGUUGCGACGAGUAGCAACGCGGCCGACGAUGGUAAAUUGGACCGCUUAACGGUGCGUGCCAUGCCGGAUCCAGUUGGUCUACAUAGGGCCAACAAUUCGUACAAUACAGAGAGGCUAGACGCGCAAUGCAACGCGAGCAAACUCCGUCAGACGGCGCAUAAGUUCUUACAACUGUCGACGGAUCGACCUCCCUCCAACAGGCAAUCGGCCACCUCCGACGUCCUCAAGUACAAGCUCAGUCCGAAGGUGUACGGUUUGGCUGCACCCACAGGUUGCAGACGAGAGACCAUGACCGAAUUGGUAAAAAACUUCUCCAAUAAAGAUGAAGAUGGAGGGAGUCAAGAUGUUCAUCCUCCCAUUCAGGACGACGAUUCCGAGUCUGAUGCCGGAUAUAAGGUAAGAGAUUUUUCAUUCCUAUCUUCUCUCUCUCGCGAUAACACCUGUUGCUUCGCUCUGCAGGUGAUUCUCGAACCAUGUAAUCAUAGCGAUAGAGUGUUUGUAGUGGAUAUGGAUCAUUCGCAUCCAUACAGCAUGAACAGCUUAGACAGACAAGUAUUAUCACUACCAAAUUACGAUUGCUCUCUUCGGAUGUUCGCACUGUCGCACGACACCAACGUUGCGACGAGUAGCAACGCGGCCGACGAUGGUAAAUUGGACCGCUUAACGGUGCGUGCCAUGCCGGAUCCAGUUGGUCUACAUAGGGCCAACAAUUCGUACAAUACAGAGAGGCUAGACGCGCAAUGCAACGCGAGCAAACUCCGUCAGACGGCGCAUAAGUUCUUACAACUGUCGACGGAUCGACCUCCCUCCAACAGGCAAUCGGCCACCUCCGACGUCCUCAAGUACAAGCUCAGUCCGAAGGUGUACGGUUUGGCUGCACCCACAGGUUGCAGACGAGAGACCAUGACCGAAUUGGUAAAAAACUUCUCCAAUAAAGAUGAAGAUGGAGGGAGUCAAGAUGUUCAUCCUCCCAUUCAGGACGACGAUUCCGAGUCUGAUGCCGGAUAUAAGGUGGAACGAGGACUGGAAACUGCUAAAAAAUGGGCAAGAACAUCGUCCCUUCGUAGACAUCUUGGCAGAAAAAGAAGUCUGCAUCAAAGUCCACAUGAGGCUGGUACUGUAUCUGAUGGAGAAUUAGCAAAUGGAAAGUUAUCAACUUCAAGUAGUAUGCUUGGCCUUGAUCGAGCCAGUGAUACUGCAUCAAUUCGAAGAAGUAGUUGCAAUAAUGAAAGACCAGUUGAUGUUGGAAGAGUUGGAAGUUGGGCAGCUGGCUUUGAUAAACUUUUGGAAGAUCCAAUAGGACUUUAUACUUUCACAGAAUUUCUAAAACUGGAAUUUAGUCAAGAAAAUAUUAUGUUUUGGAUGUCUUGUGAACAAUAUAAUCAACUUACUGAUCAAAAUGAGAUGAAACAAAUGGCUAAUGAAAUUUUUAAGAAUCAUUUAUGUAUUGGUGCAUCAGAACCAGUAAAUGUAGAUAGUCAUGCUCGUCAGGUAGCCCAAGAAGGCUUGGAAAAUCCAACACGUGAUCUUUUCAUUCCAGCUCAAACACAAAUAUUCAAUCUAAUGAAAUUUGACUGCUAUCAAAGAUUUUUGAAAUCUCAAAUGUUUAAAGACUGUAUGAUGAAAGAAAUGCAAGGACAACCAUUACCUUAUCAACCGGAUGAAGGACCAGAAGAAGACACUAAGGAUAAAGUAAGAGUUAAACAAAAAGGAAAAGAAAAGAAGGAAGAAGGAGAAGAUAAAAAAAGGAAAUCGUUAAUACCUUGGCAUAGAUUGAGCAAAACUAAAACUGCGGAUGUAAAAAUUGUAACUGCUAAAUUUGGAGAUCGAAAUUCAGACUUAAGAAAAUCAUCUAAAAAGAAAAAGAAAGACCUUAUCAAAAAUGAAGAUGCAAGUUCUACGCGUUCUGAUAUGACAGAUAGUCAUUCUUCGUUAACAGGAAGCGAAUUAGGAUUAAUAUCAAAACACAUACCAUCUAGAGAGUCUUUGAACUCUGCUGAAUUGGCAUUGUUCCCUGGCCAAGGUGGAAAAGAUGGAUACUUUUUAUGUCGCGUGAUUUUGUCUGAUUCCUCUACUGCUGUUGUGAAGACUCAAUCAGGUGAAACAAUUGGUGAAAUGCUGCAAAGGAUUCUGGAACGUCGUGGUCUUGCUUACACAGCCCUUGAGGCAUAUAUAGUAGGAUCAGAACAGGUCAGCAGUCACCUGUUAUAAUUAAUAAGACAUUUUUUGGCUUAAAUAUAUGCCAAAAAUUGUUUUACAUUUCUUUCCAGAAUAAUCUUAUUUUUAAUAGAAUUGCCUAAUAAAAAGACCAUUGGUGUUCGAGCAAAACCAGAUAAAUUAUGUAGUGAGGUUAUCAAGCCAAUUCUUCAGAAACAUGGAUAUAAAAUUGAUCAAGUUGUAAUGCAUAUUGCAAGCACACAAAAGCAACUUCCCUUUAGUGUCCCUAUCACAGUUUUAGAUAGUGAACGGGUUAUUUUACAAACCAAAGAAGAUUUUGCAGAAUGGGGUCUUGCUGGUCAAGACAAAGUUCGAACAAAUGCUAUUCUUUCUAGAAACUCUCAGCUUUCAUCAGAUUUAGAGGAAAUUACUAAUCAAAUAUUUGAAGCUGUCAUGAAGGGUAAAAGUCAGAUACAUUUUGAUGAACUUGGUACAGUUGAUUUAGAUUGUCACAAGCCAAAAAGAGUUCAGCAAACUGAUGAUAAAACAGAAAUGAAAACUUCUACUUCAAGUAAUUCUUUUAUGGGACUGGUGCGUCGGAAUUCUGUUCAUGUUGACAGUGAUAGCCUGAAUAGAAAUAAAACUAAGUUACCAUUUGCAAACAGAGCAUCAGUUCAUGAAAGUAUGGGACUUAGAACGCAAUUACCAAAUCCAGAUAAAUUUCUCUUUACUCAAACUGAAGAAAGUAGUGAUAAAGGUGAUUUGAAAGAUAAUUCUGAUGUAAAAAUAAUUUCAGAUUUAUUAGAAGUUUGGAACAGAGCUCAACGCAGUCGGCUGGACGAUCAAAGAGGAACAGAAAUAAAUUUUGAAUUACCAGAAUUUCUUAAAAAUAAAUCUGAUCAUCCUAACGGUAAAGAAAAUUGUUUGAACAUGGGUAAUCGAUUAUCAGUUGAUGCCAGAAUUGGAGAAACAGUUAAUAAUAGUAAAAUUGUAUCAAAAGAAAAGAAUAUUUCACAGCUUCCAUUUUCAAGUAUUCAAAAAGAAUUAGGCAUAUCCAGUUCAAUGCAUUGUCUGGAUCAUGGAUUUAGUCAAGAUACAAUAUUUCCAACACAUCAGCAAGCUGAAAAAUAUUUUUCAUCAACAUUUGAUUAUCACCCUUGUUUUGGAUAUGGUGACAUUAAAUCAUCUGAGAAAUAUCUAUUGAAUUUGGGUAUUUCACAAACAUCCAAAAGUGAGAUGAAAAAUAGACCAGUUCCUCCACCUCCAGGACAUAAAUUUCAUUCACGUCCCACAUCUCAUUCUCUUCCUUGUCUUCCACCUCAUAUUUGUCCUACAACAAGAAGUCUUUCACUUCAUUCUCAAGAUCUUGCUGCUUCCAGGGCAUCUCCUGCACGAAGUUUGGAUGAUCCAAUUCUUGAUGGUAUUGAAGAUUUAGACAUAGAUUUAGAUGUCACAUUAAAAGCACAGUCUUCUGAAUGUAAUGAUACUCUUACACCAUCAAAAAUUCCAAUGCCACCAGAUUCUAACACAUCUCUUCAUGUAGAAGAAGCUAAUUUUACUCCACCUUCUCCAUUAAAUGUUUCAGGAAAUGAUAUAUUACACAAAAAUGAAAUAUUCCUUCCUCCACAACCUCCUCUUCGUAAAUUAUUAUGCGAACCUCCUCCAAUUCCACCAAAAGCUCAGUCUAGGGGCCCUCCACCAAGGCCACCAAGCAGGCAGCUCAUUAACAUAAAUCCAAGUUAUACUCAGACAUCAGAUGAAGAUCAUAUAGAAGAAGACAGAACUGUCACAGAGAGGAUUGCAAAAUCUGAAGGAAUUCAGCAGAAGAGGUCAUCAAAAUGUGGCUAUGUAGACAGAGGUGGACCAAAUAAUUUUAAUAUUAGUUUUGUUUAAAUGUUUAUUAGGGCCCAGCAAAAACAAGACAGUUUGCAUUAAAUUGCAAUUAAGAAUAUAAAUGACAAUCAACUGCAGCUUAUUUACUUAAAUUGGAAAUUAGAGCUUGUUUCUUACUUGAUUAACAAGUAAAUUUUAUUAAUAUAAAAAAUAAUAAAUUAAAAAAAAGAUUGGAAGUUAUAUACACUGUUUGAUGUUAAACAUUACUGAAAUUUUGUAAUUUAUAAAUAUUAUUUGAUUUCUAUAUUUUUACUACAGAAUAUACUUUUUACUUGAAUUUACGAGGAUUAUUUUUUUUCAAUCUCCACUGACCCAGAAUAAAAAAACAAGAAUGCAGAACAAAACCACUUUAUUUGUAGAAUGUAGUUACAGUAUUCACCUAUUUUUCCACAUAAUUGCCUUGUCGAUUCAGGCAGACAUCAUACCGUGACACCAGCUUUUGUAUACUCAUGUCGAAGAAUGUUGCCUCCAAGGCCAUUCAGCCAACCUUUAACACUGUCAGUCAGUGGUGUACAGUGUGGACUUUGAAAUUUGAGGAAACUCUUCACUGAACUCAAAAAACGUGAACCAACUACUUUCUCACACCAAUUGAUCCACUUUGUCCACCAAAUCGUCAGUCAUCACACACUUCCUCCCUUGACCACCCUCAUCAUGAAUGUUGUCAUGUCCUUGUUUGAAUUUCCUGCACCAUUCACGCACACAUCUGUAGCUCAUGAGGUUCUUACCAUACACAAUACACAUCCUUCAAUGAAUUUCACCUCCAUUCAGCCCUUCGGCCUGUAGAAAUUGAAUUACUGCUCGUACUUCACAGUUGGCAGGAGACUGGAUUGGCAGCAUCAUGUUUACGUGUUUACUGCAGAGUAGCAAAUAUCUAAAAUAGCUUGGCACAAUGCUAAGUGGUGAGGGAAUAUACUACUUACUAGGUGUGCACUCUGUCCCUGUCUCACAUUCUUCCAAUAUUUUUUUUUUAAGUAAAAAUAAGUUUACAUGGCCAACGAUUAUUUAAUAUUAAUAUACUAAAUAUAAAUACAACUUUCUUACAAAGAAAAUUCUUGUUUCAGUCAUUUUUUCGUUGUUCACACCAUCAGCAGUUCAUUAAAACACAAAUACUCAUAUUUGUAUAUUUUUUUUUUUUUUGUAAAUCUUUGUCCGAUGACUAUAAUUUAUGAUUAAUUUUUUUUUGAAGACAAAGUCCUUCCCAAAAAAGAGGAACCACCAUUUAUUAACUUUGUGUUCCAGACAUUACACUUUUGGCAACUGACCUUCCCUUUUAGGCUAUUUGCUGCCAAACAGUCCUUUAAAAAACACAAAUAUAUAUCCAAUUAAAAAUAUAAACAUUUUUAAAAAACAGGAACUGGUGAUGUACGGAAGUCUUCUAUUCUCCAUCAUACCUUCUUGGGGUUGUUUCGGCUUUUAUCUACAAUGAAAUAGGCGCUGGUAAAAUGUAGAUGAGGAAAGCUGACCCCUGGUGACAAUACUUUAAAAUUUUUUUCAUGUGUUUGUGGAGGUUGAAAAAAAAUAACCCUUGUAUAAUGUACUUAUUAUACAUCAUAAAUUCAAGCACAUUUUCGCCUUAAGAAUCAUUCAGGCAGAUAAUUAGGAAUAUACUCAGAAAAGUAAAGUUAUAAAGCAGUCUAAGCCUGCAUUAUAGUAGAUUAGUUAAAUAAUUUCAAACUAUUUAUUAUAUGAUUAUAUAACAACUUAUCUUAUAAAGUAGUGAGUAUUAAACCUAUUUAUCUUGUCUGUUGUAACCAUUUUAUUAUUUUAAAACAAUUUUUCUUUAUUAAACAAAAAUUUUUCAUAAUUUUCUAGUCUAACAUCAGCGACAGUUUAGAUUCAAAGCUUGUUUUGCUGGGUCAUAACAUUUAACAUUUUAGUAGUGAUGUGUACAUAUAUUAUAUUAAGAUUUGGUAAAAUUUGGUUAUAUUAUGUUUGUAAAUAUUCCAAAAACCAUUGUAUAAAGAUUCAGUUUUUAGUCUUUUUUUUCUUUUGACAGUUUUUAAGUCAUCUUAAUAUAAUGCAGCACCUCUUGGGAGCAGCAUGACAAUCUGAGAUUUUUUUCAUAUUUAUAUAAUUCUCACAAAAGUAAUUUUGGUUGAAUGGUUUUUAUAUUUUAUCUUCUUUGUAAGACAAUCUACAUUGUUCAUCAUUUGAGUGACUCAGUGUGUUUCAAUGUAUUUGAAUGUUCUCCAUUUUCUGACAUGCAUGCCACAGAUUUACAUUUUCAAAUCAACAUUUUCUUUUCCUGUGAUAUGUGUAAUAGCAUUUAACUCCUAUACUUAAAUCAAUUAAAUAAGUUUUUGAAUGAAUGAAUUCAUCUUAAUGUUCUUCCAAAGAAAAAUGCACAACUGACAUUUGUAUUUCCCACUUUUACAGUUUUUAAAUAACAUUCUGAUUUUAAUUUAACUUCAAAUUUUAUGGAAGUGUGUUAAUUGUCACAAAUACAAAUUAGUUUUAACUUUAAGAAGAUUAAGAAUUCUGGUUGUGCAUUAAUCUGUCACAAUUUAAAAUCAUAAAAGAGUACAUCUGGUGCUAUUUAUCUCUACUUAAAUUUAAAUUUUUCUUCAGAUUCAUGUCUUAUCAAUUCUUGUUAAUAAAAAUCUUGUUAAGAAUGCACCUGAAAGUAGAAAGAAAUGAAAGCAAAUGUUGUAUUUAAGGGACCAAAUGAAAAAAAGUAUAUUACAUAUAUAGUAUAUAUAUAUAGACAAGUUUAUUUUGCUCUAAAGUUAAUUCAGGGUCAUGUUAGCAAUAAACAAUUGUGUAGGAUAUAUUCAAUAUACACUUCACUCCUUACUGAACUUUAAA